AUGCCAAACGGAUGCGGGCCGGCGCCAAAUGUGAUCAUCAUCUGCGAGCUACGUGGAUCCGCCUCCGGCGUCACCCUCCGCGCGUUCUGCUCCGCAGCAGUGCCAGAAGUGGCGAAAGUCCGCAAGCUGGCUGCCAAGUACCAGAUUAACCGAGCCAAAGAGCAGGCACAGCAAGGACGCAUAGAGUUUCUUCCGUUGGAGUGGUAUGGUCCAAUACAUGUUGAGGUUGGCAUAGGCAACAGAUUGAAGAACGUCACGCUGAAGUCAGUCAGCCACCUACGUGACUUCGCAAACUUUGCCCUGGCAGAUGUCAUGGUAUACCUGGAUGAUCAGUGGCGUGAGCGCAUCCAUGAGGAGCUCUUGAAGAAGAUGGGCCAGCUGUGGCAGCUCUUCUCUGCACGUACUCCAAGCUAUUCCGGAGAGGUUGCCGUGAUCGGGCAUUCCUUGGGCUCGGUCAUCAUGUUUGACCUCAUCCAGAAGGGGCUGGAGAAGUUUCCACACGGUUUGCACUCUUCGCCGUCGAAGGACAUGCCGCAAGGAUCCUCCAAGACCAUGCUGUGCACUCCAGCGAAAGCAACCGUUGGCACGCCCGGCAGUUUUGACAAGAAGGGCGUCAAGCUGCUGAAGGAGCACAUGGCCCGCGGCAAUGUUGUGGCGCUUGCCAAGGGCAAGGAAGGCGCACACGAACACCCGCUGCCCAGAUGCCUUUUUGCUGUGGGUUCGCCACUUGGAAUGUUCCUGAGCAUACGGCUCUCACAAAAGGCGCAGCGAGCAUCCAGGUAUUUUCGAGGUCUUGACGUGAGAUGGCCCCCCGCCAGCGCUGGACAAGGGUGGAGGUUCUUCAAUGUCUUCCAUCCUGAUGACCCCAUCGCGUAUCGCAUCGAGCCCCUGUUGAACCCGGCCUACACCAACAUGAGCCCUAGGGUUGUUCCUCAUCGCGGCGGCCUUCGUUGGAAUCAUCAGAUCGCCACCUUCUGGUCCUCGGUCUCUACGCGACCCUUGCGGAAUCCUUGCGGAGCCUUUACACAUCACGAACCUAUGAUGCAUUGCCAGGUCGAAGAGUGGAGAUGA